AUGGCAGAUCAGUUCAAAGUGCGGCCAGUAUUGGAUCAAGAUACAAAAACUGGAGAAGAAAAUCUUAAUAAGGCUCCUUGUUGUCACCCGCAAAAAUUGGCGAUAAAUAGUACUUGUCUACUUCCACCAAUUGCUUCAGAGAGUGGCCUCAAUACAUCAGGAGAUGCAGCUAACUCAUCUAAAUCUCCUAUACAAGAACCAAAGCAACGAAGUUAUCAUAAAGGAUGUAUAUCAAAAGAUUAUAGGAGCUGUUUAAAACUUGGAAUUGAGAGAAAGCCUCUGAAGACAGCAAAACGGGCUCCCAAGGACAUUGAAGAUUUAAGCGAUUAUCUUGACCGUAAUCCAGAUUUUUUAGAAGCCUAUAUCAUCGAUAGUGUUACUAUAAAUCAGCUUGAACGAUGGUUAAUUAAGAAAAUGACUCACGACCCUGAAAGAGGGCCAUAUUUAGGCAAACAUCAAUCGGUCGCGCAUAGCUUUCAUGAUCCAAGAAUAAAGAAGAAAAUAUUUAUGGACCUUAUAAGCAAAUUAAAAGAUGAAACUAAUGAAUACUCAAUUUCACUGGAACUUGCGCGUGUAAUAAGUGUGUCUAUAGGCGUAGACGCAUACAGAGUGUACAAAUUAUUUCCAGAUCAUCCUAACUUUGUGCAAUACUUUGUAAUGGAUUCAUGCUCUGAUCUUUUUACUCCUCGGUUGGCUAGAGCAGAGCCUGAUAAAAUUGGAUAUGUACUAGAUGUAGCUAAAAAUGGCUCAUGUUUACGACUAUCAAAGCAUAGUAGCUCAGCAUUUCCGAAAAUACCUAGUGCUUUACUCCGAGCAUUCGGCAUAAAGAACACGAAAGAAGCUAAUCAUUUGAUGUAUCUACCUAUUUUGACUGCCAAUGGGAAGGCAGCAUAUGUUAUGGAAAUGUGGCGUCUCCAUGAGAUGUUUGGAGACAAAGAUGAGGAAAUCAGUUCAAAUUUUGUUGUCUGGGGAAGUUUGAUUCUACAUUACUUUAAUUUAUAUUUAGACAAAAAGAGAGAACGUAAUAUGUCAGAUUUCUUACUGGAUGUAGUUAAGGCAAUAUUUGAAGAAAUGGUAUCACUCGAUCAGCUUAUCAAAAGGAUAUUGGAAUUUGCUCAACGACUGGUAAAUGCGGACAGAGCUUCGCUGUUUCUAGUUGAUUAUAGAAAUUUCGAACUUGUUUCUACUGUAUUUGACUUGAAGUUUGAGCCUGGACAGGGAAGAGAUAUGGAAAAAAAGGAAAUAAGAAUGCCUAUAAAUCGUGGUAUUGCUGGUCAUGUUGCAUUAUCUGGGGAAACCAUGAAUAUUCCAGAUGCAUAUUCUGAUUACAGAUUUAACAGAGAGGUUGAUGAGGCUACCGGAUAUAAAACUAUAAGCAUUUUAUGUAUGCCUGUAAAAGUUCAAGGAAAAGUAAUUGGGGUCGUGCAGAUGGUGAAUAAACGAAAUAACGAUAAUUUUGAUCAUGAAGACGAAGUAUCAUUUGAAAUAUUUUCGACUUUCUUCGGGCUCGCUCUUCACCAUGCUAGACUUUAUGAUAAAAUUAUGAGAAAAGAGCAAAAAUAUAGAGUUGCUUUAGAAGUCUUGAGCUAUCACAAUACCUGCAGGGAACAUGAAGUUCAAGAAAUACUAAGAGAUAAUAAUCAAAUUAAAGUUAAUAUUAAUGACUUUUAUUUAGAUCCAUACCAAUUAGACGAUUUUCAGAAAUGUAAAGCUGUUAUAACAAUGUUUGAUGAUCUUUUCGAGCUUUCCAAGUUUGACUACGUAACUGUAACUAGGUUUAUAUUGACAGUAAAGAAAAAUUACAGGACAGUGCCGUAUCAUAAUUUUGACCAUGGAUGGUCUGUUGCUCAUGCAAUGUAUGUGAUUUUAAAAAGCGAUAGCCGAAGACGUUUUGAUUAUAAAAUGCGAUUAGCAUUGUUUGUUGCCUGUCUUUGCCACGACUUAGACCAUAGAGGCUACACAAACAAAUACAUGAACGAAACAGCUUCACCAUUAGCGGCUAUGUAUACAACCUCACCAUUAGAGCAUCAUCAUUUUAAUAUUACUGUUACUAUUUUGCAACAGGAUGGACAUAAUAUAUUCUCUCAUUUGUCUGGCGACGAAUUUAAAGAUAUUCUGCGGUACAUCAGACAUUGCAUAUUAGCAACAGACUUGGCUGCAUUUUUUCCUAAUUUAGCGAAAUUGAAAGAUAUUCAUGAAGGAAAUUCUCACCUCACAAAGUUCAAUUGGGCAAUCCCUGGACACAGAGAUCUAGCUAUGGCUAUUUCAAUGACAGCUGCUGAUUUAUCAGCAUCAGCUAAACCUUGGGAAAUACAAAUUAAAACUGUGAAAGUUAUUUUUGAAGAAUUUUAUGAUCAAGGAGAUAAGGAAAGAGCUGCAGGUAAGACACCUAUACCAAUGAUGGACAGACAUAAACCAGAAGAGCAACCAGCUAGUCAAGUGGGAUUUUUAAGUCAGAUCUGUAUACCUUGCUACAGUAUGCUUUAUAAAAUUCUUCCGAAAACAAAACCUAUGUAUGUUAUGUCUUUGAAGAAUCUUAAUAAUUGGAAAUCAAAAGCUUGUCCUACGAUUACUGAAAGCGAUGCAUCUUCGAAUGAAAACACAUCUGAUAUUGCAUCUGAAUUGGAAUCGGAAGAAGAUAAUUUACAAGUAUUAGUAGAAUAUUCUGACUCGUCGGAUAAAGCAAAUUUUGAAAAUCCUGUCACUGACAUUGAAAAUAUUCUAGAAGAGGUACACGAUAAAGAAGACGAGAAACAUAUUGAAGAAAUAAGUGGUGAAAUCGCUGCUAAAUGGAAGUGUAUUAAAUCUGAUUCAGUUUCUUGGGAAGAAGAUAAUAUUUUAACAGAUAAAGAAAUUUCAAAAGAUAGCAUUUGGAAAGAUACAGAUGGAAAUUUCGUUGAUGAAGAAGGCGUUGUUACUAGACCAAAAAAGUCUGUGAAGAUAAUUAUGGUGAAUUCGGUUGAGGAG